CUGGAGRCACUUCAGUUUGUGAAGCUGAACAAGCAGGGGGCAAAGAGGAACAGAAACCGUGUGGAAAAUACACUGGGCUCUUCAGGAUGGACUUUUGUCCCGCUGAGUCAUCUGACUUGAGUGAGGCUGAAGAAGCUGAAAUAGAGACAAUCAGGCAGCACAGAGAGGAGCUUUUGGAGGAUAUUAAGAAGCUGAAAGAAGAGAUCGCUGAAGUGUUUGCAGAGAUAGAGCGCUUCCAAAAUGCAGAGGAGAGCAAAUUAUCACAAAAGGAUAAACUUCUAUCCUUAGGCCGGAAGAAGUUCAACAUGGAUCCUGCAAAGGGGAUCCAGUAUCUGAUAGAACACCAACUGUUGUCUUCAAACCUUGAGGAUAUUGCCAAAUUCCUCCAUAAGGGUGAAGGCCUGAACAAGACAGCUAUUGGGGAUUAUCUGGGUGGGAGGGAUCCCACAAACAUUCAGAUCCUCCAAGCCUUUGUGGCAUGUCACCAGUUUGCCAACCUCAACCUGGUCCAGGCACUAAGACAAUUCCUAUGGAGCUUCCGGCUGCCUGGGGAAGCUCAGAAGAUUGACCGAAUGAUGGAGGCGUUUGCCAACUGGUACUGCAAAUGUAACCCAGGAGUAUUCCAGUCCACAGAUACCUGCUAUAUACUUUCCUUCUCCAUCAUCAUGCUUAACACCAGCCUGCACAACCCCAACGUGAAAGACAAACCCCCCUUUGAGAGGUUUGUAUCCAUCAACCGAGGUAUUGCUGAAGGAAGAGACCUGCCAGAAGAGCUCUUAAGGAGUCUCUUUGAAAGCAUAAAGAAUGAGCCAUUCUCCAUACCAGAAGAUGAUGGGAAUGAUCUCACACAUACUUUCUUCAACCCUAGCCGUGAGGGCUGGCUCCUGAAACUAGGAGGUCGUGUGAAAACCUGGAAACGCCGAUGGUUCAUUCUGACCGAUAACUGCCUGUACUACUUCGAAUAUACCACAGACAAAGAGCCUUUAGGCAUUAUCCCUUUGGAGAACCUAUCAGUCCGGAAGGUGGAUGACCCUAAAAAGCCAAAUUGCUUUGAGCUCUUCAAUCCCAACUGUAAGGGGCAGAAGAUCAAAGCCUGCAAAACAGACGGGGAUGGGAAGGUGGUUGAGGGCAAGCAUCAGUCCUACAAGAUCUCAGCAGCUACACCAGAAGAACGCGAUGAGUGGAUAGAGGCAAUACGGACCAGCAUCACACAGGACCCUUUCUAUGAUCUUGUCUCAGCCCGUAAGAAGAAGAUUGCCAACAAAAACUGAGCGCUCACCUGCAAGAACAUGCAAUUGUUGAGCAGCUUUCUUCCCAUGUUGGGCUCUUCCGAUAAAGAAAUUUGGGAGUACUGGUGCCCUCAGUCUACAACUUGGCAGGAAGAUGACUGAUUUUUCCUUCCCAAACAGAAGGCAGAGGAACAGGAUGCACUCCCCGGGGGUUGUCAGAGCUAGUGGCGUGGCUUUUUCCAUGUCCUAAGAUACACUUAACUGCAAGAGAUGGCCUUUGGAUUCUCCCAUACACUUACCAGGCAUAUAGGACAGGAUCUGAGGGAGACCAGAAUGUCUCCAGAAUGUCUCUAUUCCCCAUUCAUCCUUUCCAGACAUCAAACCAAGCCUAGGUGUUGUUCUGUGAGGAACCAUGCAGAUGCUUUCUGGACAUGGUUCAGUCAGUUGCAGAAUAAGAAAAGUCACAGUAUGCUAUGAACUGAUGGGCACUAAUGGUGGUGAAAGGAUACUCUUAUUUAAGAAAGAGAGUGAAAUUCAAAGGAGGUCAAAGGAAGAUAAGAAGACCUCUGUUCAUAAGAGACCUUGUCCUUCAGCCAUGAAGAGGGCUGCAAUUCUGGAAGGUCUCUGCUCUGUGGCAGGGCAAAUAAAAGAUGGAGGAAGCAAUAAAGAGAAACUGUGUAUAGAGUGUCUGUGAAACAGAGAGGCAGCUCUGUGUCCCUAUGUCUCUGGGUUUGGUGCUCAGAGGCCAUUACAAGUCCACAUAGGGAAGAACACCCACCAGACUCAAGCUUUCCUUCUGGCUUCUGGGUUCUGAACAAAGAUCGCUCCCUU